CUGCGGACCUUGGGCGGUGGCACAUUCAGUAAAGUCGAACUUGUCGAGGCACAAGACUCGCAGCAAGUACAGAUGGCAGCACUCAAGGUUGUUGAUUUGCAACCAAAGGAUAUUGACCCAGCAAGGCUACUCACAACCAUUCAACGAGAGAUUGAGCUGCUACAAACAGUACGACACCCGCUGAUCGUGAGUCUCUUGGGUCAUCGCAUGAUGCAAGACCGGGCGCUGCUCUUGCUUCCCUAUCAUCCUGGUGGGGACUUGUACACACUUGCAGCAGAACACAGAGAAGCUAUGACGAAUGUGUCACUCGUCAAACGCAUCAUGGCAGAGUUGGUUGUCGCAGUCAGUCAUCUGCAUGAGCGGAAUAUUGUGCACCGCGACUUGAAGCUUGAGAAUGUGCUCAUUCGGCACAAGCAGGAAAGCAUUCUCGAACAUCUUGCCCAAGGAACAGCCUUUGAGUCGCCACUCACAGCUCUCACUGACUUUGGCCUUGCUCGAUUCAUCGAUCCGGAGGAACCGGAUCUAGUCACGCGCUGCGGUAGUGAAGACUACGCUGCACCGGAAAUCAUCAUGGGUCAACGAUAUGACGGACGGCAGACGGAUGCAUGGGCACUGGGUGCCCUAUUUUACUCUUUGCUCGAGGGCCGGCUUCCCUUUGAUGUGAUUCCGGGUCUUGAACAUCGGAUGAAGGGCAAGGUGUUGCAUCGCAUUUGCCGGAUUGAGUGGCGUUGGGUAACGCUGCGGCAGCCAGGAGAGUAUGAUGCGGCUUGGGAUGGAGCCAAGCGUAUUGUUUCAAAUCUGCUUAGAAGCAGAACAAAACGCUGGUCGGUCGCCAUGCUGCUGGAGGAUGAGUGG